GUGUAUAUCGUUGUCCACAAUGUUGGAACACAGCCUGAUUCUAAAGACAGCGGGCUGAAAAGGAAUCAAGACUUUCCGGUAACAACAAAGACUCACGUCGACCAUUGGUGAAAGGUAUCCACUGAAUGUGUUAUGCACUCGGAAAUGGCACGAGUGUUCAUUAAAUGUAACGGAACUAUUGCUAGCUUUCCUCUUGGUAGCUAACGUUAGCCAGCUACGUCGUGAAAACACCCAAAAUGGCCGGUAUGUCUGGGUCUACGUACGAUGGCCCUGUAUUUACCGAUUUAAAUGAUUUGUUAUCUGAUCAAAUAAGGCAUCGAUUCUAUCAUAAUAUGAUCAGUUGCAUAUAUAUGUAUGCGAGUUAUGGAUUCGUUAGACUGUAGGUCUUCAUGUGGCCGGUUUGAACGAGUUUUAAUCCAAAUGUUGCACUGAGGUUAGUGGUUCAGAAACAAGAACACGAAGACCCAACAUGUAGGGGCUCUGGUGCAGCUGUGGACGCAGUAACGUUGCUUGAGUUAUAUUUCUCACCUUAAAUGUGCAGCCAGUGACACAAAAGUGUGCAAAUAAUGCUCUGAAUAUACCUGUCUGCUUAGCCAGACCAUUAAUGCACGUCUGUUUGUUUAGUAGGUGCAGAUGGGUGCUAUAGUAGCAUUAACACAUGAGAAGUCGGUAACAUUAUUAUUUUGUAGCAAGAAUAACUGUAGAUACUUGGAUUGUGUUGCUGCAGCUGCUUUUUUUUCUGUUGAAAUAUACAAUUGAGUGGAACUUUUCUGUUGUGGUCAUUUUUAGAGACGCACCCAUAUUGAUAUUGGAUGAUGAUCCGACAGGACUCAAAUAGCUGUACCGUGUAUCGGUGACAAUAGGUCGAUCUGGUAUCAGAUAGUGUUAUUCUAAGAAAGGACUAUCUAUGUAUUUAUUUGGUACAUUUCGUUUUAUGACGUUAGGAAAACAAUGUUUAAGUCAAGCUUGAUGUUGCCUCACAUACGAGAUGGAUCCCAGUCACUUCCACACAGUGAGGCAUACAGCUCAUUCAUUUAACACUGGUAUCACAUACACACUUGGUAUAUCGGCAGACACACACAGCCCAACUCGGUGCAUCACUAGUCGUUUCUCCAGGCCGCUGAUGUUACUCUACUAAGAUGUAUGAGAAUUAGCUGUGAAAGGCAUUAUAACCAGACUGCUAUGACUAUGGAGAUCUGGUCAGGCAUAACAAUAUGCCAGACAUGUUUUUAUAUGUCAGACCUUUUUAUAAACAUGUGACUUUAAGGUCAGAUCACAGAGGAAAUGCUUGCAUCAUGUUAUCAAAUGGAAAUAUGUGAGCCUGCAUGGGACAUUUUAAGAUAAAUGCUGCUUUGCUUAACCUUGACUUAGCCUGUUAACCUUCUUAACCAAUAUCUGGCAACAAAAUCACCCCUUUGUCUCUGAUAUAGUUUCCCUUUUUCUUAAAAGCUGAUGUUUGGUCAAAGCUUGCUCGGCUUGGUCUCUUAAAAGCAAACCUGUCCUCAAAGACUUACCAAAUUGAUUGUGCACACACUUGUAUAUUUAUGACAUGACGGAACAAAAUUACAUGGUAGACUAAUAUAUCACUGUUUGACAUGAGUCAGACUAUUGCUAAAACCAAAUAAAUGAUUUAAAGGCAGUUUGGUCAGCCUUGUUAAAGGAAAACAAGUUGGGCUCAGGUACAAUAUAUUGAAAAUAAGAGAGGAUGGAUACCGAUGCCAAAGAUAAGCUUUAUGUUUAGAUCACAUGGGCUGUCAUGUCUGAUGAUAGGCUGUUACCUAAACGUUGUGCGAACACAUACACCGAUGAUACAGCCCACAAGCCUCCUGUCAUUUUGAAAAAGUAAUGCCCGGGUAAAGCAAGUUAAGUAUCCCUGACAUACAGGUUAAGCCUAUCUUCAGGAGACUUCUCUUUUAGGUCUUGUGAAACAUAUUUAGUAUGUCAAACAGGCCUACAUGUUGUUCAAAGUGUUUAGUUAGCGCUCACCAUUUUAUUAUUUGAGUUUUACUGGCAUUGUGCAAAGUUUUCUGCAGUUCACUGUGUGUUUAUUUUGAAUUCGUUCCAGGACACGGUAAGUGUGCUUUAGAAUUUGUAGACAUUGCAGUGAUCUAUGUAGCCUGCAGCAAAUAUUCAGAAAAUAAUUUGUUCUGCUGUGAACAUUUUGGCAAAGAGGCCCAAGCCAUGUUUGGACAAAGUCCACUGUGUCCUAAUGUUGAACAUGCAUAGUAGGCUAGCAAGUGUUUCUCUGGAAGCAGGCUCAUAGGUGUUAUUCCUACAAGGCCCAGAGCUUUGGGCUUUGUGGUAGUGUCCCUGAAGGUUAAAUCAAUAUUUUCUGUGUUUCAUAAUGUUGCUUUGCUUUCCCGUCCUAAAAGAAAAGCACUGUGACUACAAGAAAGAAAUCUUGAGGUGAUUUCUUAGUGCUUUCACAAAUUUUAAAGGAAAGAAACCACAAACAAGAUGACUGAGCCAACUUGUUAUUAAAAAAGUGCGUGGUGAAAAGAACUUCAUCUGAAAGCUACUUUUGAAAUGAAAAACAAAAGCUUGUUCAUCUGUAAUAGUCUAUUUCUGCUUUCCACCUCGCAGCCUCGCUGUGCACACCGACAGUAAUUUGCACCUUGCGCCUACCCUUCGCUUGGAGCCCAGUGCAACAUUCUCCAACAACACCAGAGGGACCCAUUUCAUAUUUGGACCUGUGGCUGCAGUGACAGCUCUCCGGUUGGCUCAGAUUGAGACUCGGGCGCAGAUUGCUCUCCAGCAGCUUGCUACACUAGCGACCAUAAUUAUUGGCAGCCAGUGUCACGACAACAACGGAUUUCCAGUGGCAUUACCGCCUCACCUGGCCCUCCUGAGUCUUCUUAAUAGACAGCAGGUUUCAUCUGUUGGGUUUAACGUGGACACAAACAGAAAGACUUACAGAAACACAAGUCUCUCUGCUGCCAUGUACCACCACCACUCCCAGCAACAAGGGCCGCCGCCUUUCUCUAAUGGGCCUAGGCCUCCUCAUCAUCAGCAACCUCCAAAUCAGCAUCAGAAUCAUCCUCCCUCUAAUAUGCUGUCGCAGGGGAUGGGUUUCCAGUUUCCUCGUCCUACACAGCUUCCUGAUGAGCUAGAGUCUGCCCUGGCUAUCCGGGGUGCUAGAGACAUGGAUCACCGCCUCGUUGACCACAUGAACCGACCGAACCAACUCCAGAACCAAGGCUCUGGUUCUGGGUUCAGUCAACAUGGAAGCUACGGCUCUAACCCAAUAACACUCACCUCCGAUAAUCAGCCUGGCCGCCAGCAAGGAGUAGACUGGUCAAGCUACCAACCUCCAACUAAAUUGUUUGCCAGUCCUCCACCUAGUGCUAGCCAGCAGUCCCAACGACAACAGGGGCCCCAACAGCAGCCACAGAGCAGCCAUGCUGGAACAAGCAUCCCAAGCUGGACAGCCCCUGUAAAUGACUCACCAUCACCCCAAACACGGCACCCCCAUGCUGGUGGAAGUGGUGGCAGCGGGGAAAGUCAGGCUUUGUACACACCAGAGAGUGCAGGAAGCAUCUUGGCUAGCUUUGGACUUUCAAAUGAGGAUUUGGAAGUGCUGAGUCACUACCCUGAUGAUCAGCUAACCCCAGAUACUUUACCAUUCAUACUCCGUGACAUUCAGAUCAACAAGUCGGGCAACCCGAAAACUGUGGCCUCCACUUCCUCAUCCUCACUCUCACGCAGCAUCCAUGAUAUGCCGCUGCCUCCUUCCCAAUCUUCACCAUUGACACGUUCACACUCACCAGAAGUGCCCAGCCUUCUUACUGUUACACAGACCGCAGGUAAAGUCAUUGACUAUGGUCAUGCCAGUCGGGCAAAAGACGAGACUAGUAACAGAGAGACUUUCAAAAGAGAGCGGCUCUCCAAUGAAAGGACAGUUAAAAUGUUCCCAUCUUCAUCGUCCUCAUCAGCUCCAAAGUUAGAGAAAGCGGAAAGGCGGCAAGUCCGUUUGGAACACAGUGAUUCAAGCAAGCACGGAGACCGGGACUAUCGCAGGACGAGUAGCGACCAUCGCAAGAGCAGUCGGUCACCUGGGAGAGAAUUUCCACCACCAUCCAAAUCUCGUAAUCUGGACCGGGACUACAGGCGUGACGGACCCAAACCUAGGCCCCCAUCUGAAGCCAAGAGCGAAGCUUCCUCGAGACGGUCUCUCUCCUCUUCGUCUGGCUCAAGACCACACAGCAGCAGCAAGAAGUUACCGACCCCCACCAUGAUAAGUGAUUUCUCAGCUGUGUCUCCAAAGGUGUAUCCCCAUACCUGCUCCCUGUGCCACACACUGUGUGAUCAGGAAAAGGAGUGGGUUGACCAUAUUAACACCGUCAACCACACUGCUGCCUGCAGAGACCUGCGCAACAAGUACCCUGGCUGGAAACCAAAUCGACCAAGUCGGAGGCAGCGAUAUGGCAGCCGGGCUCUGUGGGAUCCCAAGACUCACUCUCCAUCCCACUCUGUGUCUCGAUCCCUCUCUGGUUCUCCCACCCCAAGUCCUCCUCACAGCAAACUUAGAGUGGGCUCCCAUCCCCAUAGGCCAUACACGGGGCCUUACUCUCCUCACAAUCAAGCCCGCCACCAACACUACACAGGGGGUUCUUCUCGAAGUGGUGUGAAGCGUCGUCAUGAUGAUUUCAACAAGUUCUCCACUGGAGCCGGCCGACAUCCACCCUCCUCUAAGGCGGGUCAUAGCUCCAAACAUGGACCACUACAGUCCUCCACCAAAACGGUUAAGAGCGGGACAAAGCCUGGAACCAAGACGACGAAGACGUCUGCCAAGCUUCCACCAGCCAAGAAGAAGAAGAAACUCGUGACUCCCGCCUCCCAGGACUCGUCCGUUGCCGAUCGUCUGGUUUAUCUGACAGGCAUCCCAAAGGAUGCGUCUGAGCAGGAAGUUACCGACUUGGUGGGGUCCUUUGGCAAGAUCAACAACGUGAUCCUCAUGCCAUGCUCGGAGGAAGAGAGCCAGAAGGGUGAAGGACAAAAGGCGUCUGUGUGCAUGGUGAUGGCUGAAUGCGCCCAGGCUUUGGCCAACUCCACAAAUCUCUCCAUCAGAGACCAACAAAUCAUGGCUUCAAUCGCCAAGAAACCUGAAGCAGGACAGUCUUCUGACGCUAACAACAGCAAACCUGCUCCAGCACAGGACAAAGAUGCUGCUGGGGAAGACUCUGGUAGCAGAACGACAAACUGGGAGUCUGCAAUACCCACCGAUAAAAUAAGAGGCGAGGCUGACCAGAAGGCUUUUGAUGAGAGGGGCAUGGUGUUGAUCACAGGACUUCCUGAGAGCGGCUGGUCGGAGAGUGACAUCUUGAAUCUGGUCCAGCCCUUCGGACCCCCCUCUGACGUCAUCACGGCAACACAAAUCGGAAAGGUACUUGUGUCAGUGCCAGACAUGGAGAUUGCUCAAGAGAUAGUGAAGGUCCACGCCUUCAUCCCUGCAAAGAUUGAAGACUCUGAGCUGAAGAUGAUCCAUCUCAAACAGCGUAUUGGUCUCAGCACACCGGUGGCUCUCUACAAUCUUCUGAUGGGAUCAGUGGACCCAUUAGAGAGUUCUUUUCCAGUUGGCUGGAGCUGCCUGUUGGUGAUCAGUAAUGUUCCCAACACGCCGUCCGGCCCCUCUGAGGUCCAGAAAUUGGUGCGACGCUUUGGCACCGUCAUCAAGACCCUAGUGCUUAACGAUACGGUCAUUUGUGAGAUGGCAACUGCAGCUAUGGCCUUGUCUGUGUACAAACGCUUCCAGAUGUUUCCGUGCAUCAUCCAUAACAACCCGCUGUUCUUCUCCCGCAAGCCUGACCCCAAAGCCAACAUACAGACCAAAGUCAUCACUGCAUACCUUGAAUCAUCUGAGGAUACACCUGCAACGGGCAAAGACAGCCAAGCAGCAGCUGCAGACAAAGAGGAGACAGCUCAAAAAGAGAAUUCUGAGUCUCUAUUGGAGGAAAUUGAAAAAUAUGGCGAUUACCAGGAUGAGAAAAUGAAGAGCACCGACGAGACAGUUGGUGAAGACGAAGCUUUGGGAGAAAACAGGAGCCAAGAUGACGACGUCGAAAAAGACGUGCCUACUGCUGCUGUUUCUGACUCUUUGAAUGCACCAGAAGCAGACCUGGAGACACACAUGAGUGAAAGAUCAGAUGUUGAAACUGUCAUGGAGACAGCAGAAGAGAACAGAGCUGUCAAUGCAUCCACAGCAGGCAAUGACGGGACUCCUGCUGGUGAACAGACAAAGACAUCUAGCUCUGAUGGCGAAGCAGCUCCCCAGGAGGCGGCCAUGCCAGAGCUCCCUAAGGUUACUCAGGAGAUGGUUAACGCACUGCUUGUGGAGUGCCGAACAAGAACCGUCAGCCAUCCCAUCAACACAGCAGCUCCCACCAACACACAAAUAGAGACAGAGCAGGGGGAUAAAGCAACAAAGGAGACAAAAGAGCUAGCCAGCAAUCCCACAGAGGAGGAGGUGAAAAAGCAGGAGAGGGAGCUAAAAGAGAGGGAGGCAGGAAAGGAGGCGAGGGAGAGAGAGAGGAGGGAGAAGGAGAGGAGGGACUGGGAGAAGGAGAGGACCAAGCGGGAGAGGGAGCGUCAUGAAAGGGCCAGGAGGGAGAGGGAGGAGAGGAGGGUGGAGGAGAGGAGGGUGGAGGAGAGGAGGGUGGAGGAGAGGCGGGAAAGGGAGAGGCGGGAGAGGAAGAGAGCAUACAGUGAAGGUUUGUCAGGGUGGAGGUCGUCCUCCAGGUCAGAGGGAUACAAGCAGAGCUCCUGGAGGGACGAACGGUACAACAACUUUGAAGCAGAGACAGAAAUGGUGGAGGAGUGUGUUGACUUCCCAUUCAACUUGAGUGACUUUGUGACGGUAGAUGAAGUUGGAGAUGUGAAUGACCUUCCUUCCUCUCCUUCCCCCUCUGUUCCCAUGGAAACCACGGAGGGAGGGGAGGAUGCUCCCACAUCUGUCCAACAGGAAACUCCAGGGGACACGCCCAUGGAGGUUCCCACGGAAAUAACAGUGUCAGACGCCCCAGCGACCCUGGUGAAGUGUGAUGAGCACGUAUCAGAGUCUGAACCUGUGACUGUGUCCACAGCGGAGACUUCAGAUGUUUUAGAGUCAUCAGAUGUAACACUCGUCGAUGCAGCUUCCCCAGCGACUUCACAAGCUGAUUCCUCACCCGGCCAAACGCACGCGCCAACAUGUGGACCAGAAGCACCCACUGAGACAGAAGCCACACUGACAGACACUCUGGAAUCCACCACUGAAGUUGAACCGCUUCCCACACCUGCAGCUUCAGCCACUCCAGCUGGAGCCUCCCCAAACAGCCCAGCAACAGGAGUAGUGACUUCAGAGAGGGAGAAUGAGAAGAAUGCACUCAAUCACAGUCAGGCUAAGGAGGAGGAGAUGGUGUCUGACAAAACAGAGGAAGAGGAGAAGAAGCAGGAUGAAAAGGACAAAGAGCCGGAAGCUCCUUCUGUGGAGACAGGAAAGCAUGAGAGGUCUGAAGAUCAAGCAAACGGCGAAGAGGAGAGUGUGAAGAAGAAGUUAAAGACAGACACUCCCACUGACUACUCCCUCCCUCCUUUUGACCCCAGCUGCCCAGUUGGUAUAGAGUUCUUGGUCCCAAAGACGGGUUUCUUCUGUAAAGUGUGUAAUAGGUUCUUCAAUGGAGCCAAAGAGGCCGAGAAAAACCACUGCAAGACCCUCAAACACUAUGAGAACCUACAGAAAUACUUGAGGACCACGAACCCAGCGACUGUGUCUUCUCAAACCUGACUCCACCUGGAUGCGCCUAUGAAAAUCUUGACUGAAUUCACCAUUCCCCUCCUGUUGUAUUGUCUCUUCAUUUCUCACCAAGGGUCCAGAUUCUCAUAUUGAUGUAGAUUAGUCUCAUGUCCUUGAAUAUGUGGUAUAGAUUUUUCAUGUACAGUUAAGAGAAAUUAGUAGAAAGUGGGAAGAGUGGAAGAUGGCUCGCUGUAAGGACUGUGCAGUCAAUAAACACUUUGACUAAA